UGCUGAACGGUUGUAAGGGGCUUGGGGGCUGUAAAAUAUAAACUGAUAGGGAGCUGAGGCCUGUCCUCUGUAAAAUCUCCAAGUCUAGUAGAUGUGUUAGUUUAGUUAUCAAGCUGCUGUUUAUGAUAAACUUGUUGGUUCUAGAUUUAAUGCAUAUCAGAAUAGUCAUAUUUCGUGGUUACUUUUUUCUGAAUGAACCCUCUCCUUCACUUAUUUCUAAAACGGAAACAAAACAUAGCUGAGCCGGAUGCAGGAAACUAGUGACCCUGAUAGAGACUCCUGACCUCUGUUAACACCAACAAGCCAGAUUCCUGAUUUCCCUAUAACACCAACGUGUUAGAUUCCUGAUUUCCCUAAAACAUCAACAUAUUAGACUUCUGAUUUCCCUUUUGUGUAUUAUACAGCUUUUCACAGGAAAUCUUUCUAAGGGUCAAUUCAUAAGUUCAACGCAGUUGCGAUCUCAGCUGUUUCAGUUGUCAUUCAUUUCCUUUAUUAACAUUUUCUGAUAACUGAAAGAGCAGUGGUAGUCAGCCAAAAAUUCGUUUGAAUGCAAAACAGAAUCAUGGCAAGCGCAAAGAUCUGUACUGUAGGAGAAUACUUAGGAGAUUCUUGUCAUCAGUUGAAGUUCUGUAGGAAAGUCGGUCUUAAAAAGCUAGAUUCAUUUGAUGUAGAUGCAAGAGAAGUUAUAAUGUGGAGGACAGGUGUCUCUAUUCUCAAUGUCGAUGCAGAUAUAUGCUUUCAUCAUGAAAAAGUUGUAACACAGAGGUUUUUGCUAUACCAAAAGAAUUGCUGCAACCCUUUCAAAGCCCAUCAAAAUGAAGUAAAAGGUGGGUUAAAGGAGGUAAAGCUAUCCCUUGCAAAGGAGCUUUCCGAUCUUGGUUACCAUAUCGUCCCUGGUAAAAAACUUUGCCCCAACUGUCGUAUACAGGCAACUACCAGAAUUCAUGAUGAUGUGAGAAAAUCUGGGGUUUAUAACGAAGUGAAUGAUGAUGAAGUAUGUGAUAAAGAUGCACCAACUGAAACAGACAGAGAUAGCUUAAAUGCUUCGUUGGAGGAUAUAGAAGUCUCACCUAUCAAGCUCCAUUCUCUACCAAAGCAUGCAAAGUUAAGUCAUGGCAAACGAAAGUUAGCACAGGUCAAAGAAGCUUUCUCAAAGAAGGUUGCCAAGGUCUUAGAAGUUGACACCACAAAAUUAACUGAAGAUGAUGGAAAGCAGCAAGAGCAAAGUGAAGUCUUGAUGCAAAAAGCUAGAGACCUUGACGAGCUCGUUGAGCUUAUGAAAAAAAAAUUGAAAAUAUCAAAUCGAAGCAAGACGUUGCAGGUGCUGACAUUGGUUCCAGAUUCCUGGAGUGUAAGGAAAGCUGCUGCCGAAUUCAAUGUAUCAAAGCAAACAAUUCAAAAAGCAAGGGUUCUUAAACAGCAAAAGGGCAUUCUCGAAAUGCUAGAUGUAGCUGGUGGUAAUAGAAUUCAAGAGACAAUAAGAGAGCUAGUGCAGGAUUUUUAUUGUGACGAUGAAUACACGAGACAGCUUCCUGGCAAGAAGGACUGCGUAAGCAUUGGCAAAAUGCAGUACAUGUCAAAGCGACUUAUCCUUGGUAAUUUAAAGGAACUCUAUGCAGCCUUUAAAGCUAGGCAUCCAGAUGCCAAAAUUGGUUUAUCCACAUUUGCUGCUCUUCGACCAAAAUGGUGCAUACCAGUUGGACCAAAAGGUAGCCACAUAGUUUGCGUUUGCACACACCAUGAAAAUGUAAAAUUAUUACUUGAUGUAGUAGGACUUAAGGAUCAUUAUCAUGAGAUCUUGGAAAUGGUUGUCUGUGAUAUCAACAACAAGCAGUGUAUGAUCCACAGAUGUCAAAACUGUCCUGGUAUCGAAAAUGUUGAAAGUUUUUUGCGGAGGAUGUUUUGCAAUGGUGGAGAAUUUGAAGAUGGUGAUAGCAGUGACCAUAAACCUGAUGAAAAUGAGGAAGAAGAGGCUUCUAUGAUGCAUGAUACCAUUACCUUUCAACAGUGGACUAGUACUGAUCGUACAGAUCUGGUGACACAAACAUCAACUGUAGAAGAAUUCCUUGCUGUCUUGUGCGAAAAACUUGAUGCAAUUACAUCACAUUCGUUUAUAGCAAAAUCCCAGGCAAGUUAUCUGAAAAAUUUGAAAAGUGACGUAAAAAAAGAUGAGGUUAUUGUUCUUGGAGACUUCGCAGAGAACUACAAAUUUUUGAUUCAAGAUGAGGCCCAGGGGUACCACUGGAAUCAGCAGCAAUGCUCAUUGCAUCCCGUGGUUAUAUAUCAUCGUUGCAAUGAAACUUCAGCAAUAACAGCAGAGUCAUUAUGCUUUAUUUCUGAUGACUUGGAGCAUGAUGUCAGUUUUGUUCAUGAUGUCAUGGAAGGUACUGCUACCUUCGUCAAGGAAACAAUAUCCACUGGCAUAUCAAAGAUCCAUUACUUCUCAGAUGGCUGUGCAGGCCAAUAUAAAAACUGCAAAAAUUUUCUAAACUUGUGCUACCAUAGAGAGGAUUUUGGAAUUGAUUGCCAGUGGAAUUUUUUUGCAACCAGCCACGGGAAAUCCCCAUGUGAUGGAAUAGGUGGGACAGUCAAGCGCCUCACGGCAAAAGCCAGUUUACAACGCCCCCCAGGUAAUCAAAUUUUGUCUGCAACCCAUAUGAUGGAAUUUUGCUCAAAUUUUAUCUCUGGCAUUCAAUUUUUCUUUAUCUCUCAAAUUGAGAUAUCACAAACGAGAAAACGCAUGGAAACCCGCUUUGCAAAAGCUAGGACGGUCCCAGGAACAAGAAGCUUCCAUCAAUUUAUCCCUUUAUCACAAGGAAAAAUUGGUGUGAAACGAACAUCAGUUGAUACCAACUUUGAAGCAACGUUCAGUCUUACUGGAGAGCCAACGAAAGAUGAAAAAAUCAAAGAAAAGCUCCGUGUUGGAUGUUUUUUGGUCUGUUCGUAUGAUGACUUUCUUUGGCUUGGGCUUUUAAGUGAAUUAGACACUGAAAGUAAAGAUGCAAAAGUCAAUUUCUUGCACCCACACUUACCAAGCUGUUCAUUUGCAUGGCCCAGAAGAGAAGACAUAUGCUGGGUACCUAUAGAGAAUGUUGUCAUGAUGGUUGAAGCACCAAGAACAUCAACAUUGUCCGGCAGACAAUAUUACCUCUGUGACAGAGAUGUUGCUAAAGUUGCUAAUUAUAUUUAAGGUGUAUCAUGACUUUUUUAUAUGAUGACCAUAAAAUUUUUACAGAGAACAGGCCUCAGCUCCCUACCAAUACAAGUUUUACAGCCCCCAAGCCCCUUACAACCGUUCAGCAUACAUUCCACACCCUUAGCCAACACCCAUGUCCACACCCAUGUCCCAAACUGAUUUAUAUGCAUUAUUCUAGCAGUAUGCUGAUAAAUUGUAACACACAAAGAUCCUCAAAAGAUCAGUCCCUGCUUUUACAUAUUUUUCAAAAUUUUUUCAGCUAGCAUUUGCUAAUUUUUAACAGGGCGAAGAAGACGAAAGAGGCAUUCACAGUACCUAGCAUUUCUAGGGCUGUAAUUUUGUAAAGACAAAUAUAACCCUGCUAAUUCUUUGUAAAAGAGUUACUUAUGACUAUAGCUUCGUGCUUAGAAAAUUUGAAAUUUAUCACAGGUGUGCAGCAUGACAAAAAUUUGCAUAACAUCUUGACAACUCGUUGCUAUGACAACAACUGCUCCUCAUUAAGUAGUUAAUUACAGACUGUGGGUGUGUCUCACAAAUUUUUUAUAACUUUUUUUGAAAUCCUGAUACAUAAAUUAGUCAAAAACAUGAUUUUGACAUCAAGAUGCUAAGUAGAGACAUUUAUUUAGUAUAUUUAACCUCUGGGUUAUAUUCAAAAUGGCGGACAUUGGAAAAAAUGCCGAGAAUCAGCAAAAUUUCAAAAUGCUCUAUUUUUAGAACAACAAAAGAUUUUGAAGUAAAAUUUUGUAUAUGUGUUUAUCUCAUGGUUAUCCACUUUUCCACAAAAGAUGAGCAAAUUCUAAGACUUUGGGUUACAUGCCUGUCCUCCUUUGAUAUGGAAUGA